UCGAUUCAUGGUAUUAACAAAACUAUGGAAACAGAGACGGUUAAAAUUUUAAAAAAAGAAAAUAAUCUUGAAGAUUGUUCCAAAGAGGAACUUAUCAGGAGAAUAAAAUCUCUUGAAGCCCAUAAUGUUCAACUAAAACGUAUAAUCGCUAAAUCUGGAGAAAAUGAAUCACAACAAAGACCUAAUCAAAAACCAUUUGAUUUUUCUAAGUGCCAUUUCAGACAUGUGUUCAUAAAGUUUUACUACCUAGGUUGGGAUUACAAUGGUUUUGCUGUCCAAGAAGACACCACUGAAACCAUAGAGAAUUACUUAUUCAAAGCAUUGAUAAAAACUUGUUUGAUAAAAGAUAGAUCAACAUCAAAUUAUCACAGAUGUGGCAGAACAGAUAAAGGUGUGAGUUCAUUUGGCCAAGUCAUUUCACUCGAUAUCAGAAGCAAACUUACCAAAGAAACUGAAAAUAAUUUACAAGAUGAAUUGGAUUAUUGUCAGAUUUUGAAUAGUGUCUUGCCAGAGAAUAUACAGUGUGUUGGUUGGAGUCCUGUGAAUGAUGACUUCAGUGCCAGGUUCAAUUGCAAGAGUAGGAUGUACAAAUACUUUUUUCCCAGGGGUCAGCUGAAUGUAGAGAAAAUGAGGGAGGCUUCCAGAUUUUUGUUGGGGACACAUGAUUUCAGGAAUCUGUGUAAGAUGGAUGUGGGUAAUGGUGUUGUGCAGUUCACUAGGAAUAUUGAGUUUAUUGCAAUUGAACCAGAAAAUUUUAGUCAUGAUAAUGAAUAUUCAAUGUAUGUAAUAACAAUAAAAGGCAAAGCCUUCUUGUGGCACCAAAUCAGAUGUAUAAUGGGGGUGUUAAUUUUAAUUGGACAAAAUAGAGAAGAUGUAAAUGUAAUUAAGGAAUUAUUGGAUGUUGAUCAGAACCCUAGGAAACCUGAAUAUCACAUGGCAAGUGAAAUACCUUUAAAUUUGUACUAUUGUGAUUACAAUGAUGUAAAUUGGACUUACAACUCCUCCAACUUAGUGAAUGUUAUCAAAAGGCUUAAAAAAUGUUGGAUUUUUCAUGGCAUUAAAGAAUGUAUGAUUAGACACAUGAUAUCAAGUUUACAGAGUAUUUUAAAAACAAUGCCUCAAGAGGAAUCAGAUGAAAUUUGUCUUUCAGAAUAUUUAAUGCAAGGCAUAAGAUACAAAAAAUAUAUACCUUUAAUGAAAAGGCAAAAAUGCGAAAGCUUAGAGGAGAAAAUCAAACAUUUUGCUAAAAGAAAGCGGAUUGAAGUAAUUAAAGAAAACAACAGUUGACUAAAUUUUAUUGUUGAUUAUAAUAAAAAUAAAGAAAUUACAAAUAAAAAA